CAUGCCCAUUCCACAGCUCUGUGCCAAUACUGCAGCCAUUAUGACCUCAGGGCUGAGGUCAGCGCUGGCAGGGGCGGGGCAAAGACAGGCUGGCCUGCUGGGCAUGAAGACAGAGCUAGCGGUGGGGCCUAUGAGUCCUCCGAACCACAGCCAGCCAUGGACAGGCAGUAUUCGGAGAGGCCACAUAGCCACACCUCAGCCAGCAAGAUGGCGUCAGCUGCAUCCUGCAACCCCAGAAUCUCUUCCCAUGUCUCCACAUCCACGAAGAACCCGUCUUACUUGAAAGUACCUCAGGAUUCUGUCCACAGGGAUAGACGACAACACCCCGCCACCAUCUUGCUCUGCAAGUCACAAAGUAGCCAGGCUGCACUGGUGCCCAAGGAGCACCAGAUGUUCAUGGAGGAAGCCUACAAUGCAGCCAUCUGCUUCAAGAUGUUCCGGGACAUGAGUGACUCGGACCCCCUCCACCUGAAGUACAUCAUCAAGAAGAUCAAGAACAUGGCUCGCAGGUCCCCCAACCUGGUGCUGGAGACCAUCCAUGACUACUUCACAGACAACCCAGAGAUCUCCAACCGGCACAAGUUCCGGCUGUUCCGAGCCCUGGAGUCGGUCAUUGAAGCCACCGACUUCCUGGAGGAGAUCUGGAAGGAGACGUUCAUGCAGCUUGCUCUGGAGAACAUGACCAAGUCCACGGAGCUGGAGGACGGCUACCAGGAUGCGGCCAGUGACGUGCUGGUGGCCAUCUGCAGGCACUCGUGGAGGACGGUGGCGCAGUACCUGGAGACGGAGCUGCUGACAGGCGUCUUCCCACACCGCAGCCUCCUCUACGUGAUGGGUGUCCUGACCUCUGACGAUGGUGUCCUCACCCAGGAAGACAGGGCCGGCUGGGAAGAGCAAGUGACCCAGAUGGCUGUCAAUUCGGUCCCGUUCCUGAACACGGAUGUGUGGUCCAAGGAGCUGCUGCGUGCACUCACUAAGCCGAGCCAGACCCACCAGGAGCAGUCCCCGGAGAAGGCCUUCCUGUUCACCUACUAUGGGCUGAUGCUCCAAGCCGAAGAGAACAGCAGCACCGUCCGGACGCACCUGCAGACACUCCUGGAGACAUCCCACCAGUGGCCCAAGCAGAGGGAGGGCAUCGCCCUCACGGUGGGGCUGGCCGCGGCCCGGCACCUCGACGACGUCUGGGCCGUCCUGGACCAGUUUGGCCGGAGCGCGCCCAUCAAGUGGAGUCUCCACAGCUUCUCCCUGAAGGUUCUGGCUCGCUUACGCUGGAGGUGGGCCAGCAGCACCGUGCCCCUGGCCUACGGGCAGGUGGCAGCCAAGGCCAAGGCGCACUUCCUGCCAUGGGUGGACAACGUCCUGUCGCGGAUGGUCUUCUACUUCCACUACAGCUCCUGGGACGAGACCCUGAAGCAGAGCUUCCUCACGGCCGCGCAGACACUGAUGGCGGCCAUCGGCCGCGGUGAGGGUGCCCACAGCUACGAGUUCUCCCAGGCCUCCGAGCUCCUCGAGUGUCUGAUGGUUCUGCUGGAGAAGGAGCCGCAGGAUGUGCUGUGCACGCCCAGCCGUCAGCAGGCCCUCCACGUCGCCUCCAGCCUCUGCAAGCUGCGGCCGCCCAUAGAUUCAGAAAGGAAGUCGCGGCUCCUGGCCACCUGCCUGCGCAGCGUGCUGGCCCUGCCGCUGCUGGACACCCUGCAAAAGCACUCCUGCCUCUUUCUGGAGCCGCCCGACAUACAGGCCCUGUACCACAAGACCAUGGAGGCCCUGGAUUUGCUUCUGCAGAGCCUCAUCACACAGAACCCCACGGCCGAAGAGCUGCACUUCCUGCUGUCGAGCAUCUACGUGUGGCUGGCGUCGGAGAAGGCCCACGAGCGGCAGCGGGCAGUGCGCUGCUGCACGGGCCUCCUCAAGUUCCUGAGGCACAACCCCUGCCUGGACCCAAAAGAGGACUUGAAACGUGUUGGGCAGCUGGUGGGCAUGCUGGCCAUUCUGUGCCAGGACCCAAACAGACCCACCCAGCAGUCCAGCCUAGAAGGACUGGGCCAUCUCUACUACCUCCUGACACACAGGACAGACCGCCAGCCCACAGUGCCUCGCUCCUGGCCAGCAGAAGAUGCUCAGAGAGAACCGCAGGCCCUCCAGGAACUCUCCCAGCCUGGUGAGGACGGAACCCCCCUCUGGAGCAGUGGGGACCAGAACGUCCCCGGCCCGGCCCAGCAGGAGCCAGCAUCAGUGGAGGGGCACAUCUUCCAGCUGCCCAGCUCCCAAGCCAUCAAGGAGAUCAUGAACCACCUCUCCUUGGCCGAGCUGACCGACCUCCUCUGGACCGCCGUCCACGACCUGGGCUCCGCCAGCCCCUUCCGCGUGCAGGCAGCCGCCGACAUACUGCUGGCUGUGGUCCGGGAGCACGGGGCCAAGCUGGACACCGUGGCCAACCUGGGCCGGGCGGUGCACCUGCGCCUUUGCUCUCUGCGCGUCCCGCAAGCCAAGGAAAAUGCAUUGCUGGCCAUCACGCUGCUAGCCCGCAACCACGCCCCUGAGCUGGUGGCCACCUUCCUGGACUUCUCCCUGCCCCUGGACAGCCAUGCCUUCCGGCUCUGGAGGGCCCUGGGUGCCGAACAGCCCCUGAGCCACCUGGUGCUGGCCGCGCUCCUGGCCUGGCUGCACGAGCGGCCCCUUCCCCUGGGGAGCAACCACAGCCCCCAGCCCAAGGAGAAGACCUACCUGCGCUCGCUGGCCGCCAUGAACACGCUGCACGAGCUGCAGUUUGCCCGCGAGUUCAAGGCAGCGGUGCUGGAGGCCUACCCUGAGCUGCUGCUGGCGCUGCUCACGCAGAUGCACUACGUCCUGGAGCUGGGCGUGCCCGGGGCGCCCCCGCCCAGGCAGCCCGCUGUGGAAGCCACGCCCAGCCCCCAGAGCACAUCGCUGGAAGCCCUGAAGAGCCUGCUGUCCACCACAGGGCACUGGCAUGACUUUGCCCACCUGGAGCUGCGGGGCACCUGGGGGCUGUUCUGCUCCGCCCACACCUACCCGCAGGGCGUAGGUCUCCUUGCCAGGGCCAUGGUGCAGAACCACUGCCGGCAGAUCCCGGCCGUGCUGGGCCAGCUGCUGCCCCGCCUGCAGAGCCAGGAGGAGCGGGAGAGGAAGGUGGCCGUCCUCAUCCUCACUGAGUUUCUCUACAGCCCUGCCCUGCUUCAGGUGCUCCCCAAGCAGGCUGUCCUGACCAUGCUGGCACGAGGCCUCAGGGACCCCAGCGCCGAGGUCCGCGUGUGGAGCCUGCAGGGCCUGGGGAACACCCUCUUCCACCCGGAGAAGGGAAGCCUACUCCGCGGGCAGCUGCCCCCCUUCCUGGAUGGGCUAUUCCAGAACAGCGAGCCAGUGGUCGUGCGCCUCAUGGGCACCGUGUCGGAGGUGCUGCACUGCCUAGGCACUCACGGCGCGGGCGCCCAGAGCCUCAGUGUCGCCAUCAACGCCCGCUCCUUCUUCGACGACGAGCGGGACAAGAUUCGGGCGGCAGCCAUGGCUCUGUUCGGGGACCUGGUGGCGGCGAUGGGAAACAGGGCGCUGAGCGGCCUGCGGACCCAGGUGCACCAGAGCAUGGUGCCUCUGCUCCUGCACCUGAAGGACCCAUGCCCAGCUGUCACCACGCAGGCCAAGUUCACCUUCUACCGCUGCGCUGAGCUGCUCCACUGGCGGCUCCGACACACCCUCUUCUGCACGCUGGCCUGGGAGCGCGGCCUCAGCGCGCGCCACUUCCUCUGGACCUGCCUGAUGAGCCACAGCCAGGAAGAGUUCGGCAUCCACCUGGCACAGGCCCUCAGCUACCUGCACAGCCGCCACCGCCAUGUCAAGACCUGGGCCGCCCUCUUCAUAGGCUACACCAUCUGCUACCACCCCCAGGCCGUGUCCCAGAUGGUGACCGCCAUGGACACGAACCUGCUGCUAUGUACUUUUGAAGACCUCAAGACAGACCCUGAGCCUGGUAUCCGGGAAUUCGCCACCAGGCAGCUGUCCUUCCUUCCAGAGGUGUCAGCCAGACCCCAGCACUGACAGCGGCCCCCUCCCUACCCACCCCUCCACAGCAGGCUGCCUAAUGUUUCCAUUUGAAAGAAAAAUCUAGAUUGA